AUGCACAGUCAUGGCUCUCCGAUGUCCGUGUUGCGGUCACGGCUCCUACGCUUUGCCACCAUCGCCAUGCUGCUCUGGACGCUAGCCGCCAAUGCUGCGCCAUCACCCAUCGAUCGACCUGGCUAUCUUCCACCAGAGCAGCAGACCCCCGCUGAAUCCGCUCAGUCCUCCCUCACACAGCAAAAGUGGAUCGGUCUCACCCUCGCCAUCAGCAGCUCUCUCGCCAUCGGCACCAGCUUCAUCAUCACCAAGAAGGGCCUCAUGGACGCAGCAGACAAACACAACGCCUUGGCUUCCGAUGGUCACACCUACCUCCAAAACCCCAUCUGGUGGGCCGGCAUGGCCACCAUGAUCGUCGGCGAGGUAGCCAACUUUGCCGCCUACACGUUUGCACCGCCCAUCCUCGUCACGCCGCUCGGUGCACUCAGUGUACUCAUCGGUGCCAUUCUCGCCUCCUUCAUCCUCAAGGAAGAGCUCGGCCGUCUUGGAAAAGUCGGUUGCACCCUCUGCCUCGUCGGCACCGUCAUCAUUGUUGUCAAUGCGCCAGAGGACAAGGAGAUCCAGACCAUCGACGAGAUGCUCAACUAUGCUCUCCAACCGGGCUUCCUCUUCUACUGCACCUUUGUGCUCGGCUUUUCGCUCUUCAUGAUCUUCCGCAUGGUGCCCAAAUACGGCCGUAAAACGCCGCUCGUCUACAUUUCCAUUUGCAGCUUGGUCGGUUCGAUCUCGGUCAUGAGCGUCAAAGGCCUCGGUGUGGCGCUUAAGCUCACCUUUGCAGGCAACAACCAGUUCACCCAUCCCUCCACCUACUGCUUUGCUAUUGUUGUCAUCGUCUGCAUUCUCACGCAGAUGAACUACUUCAACAAGGCGCUCGAUCAGUUCUCCACCAACGUCGUCAACCCGAUCUACUAUGUUUUUUUUACUACUUCGACCAUCCUCGCAUCAGUGCUCCUCUUCCAGGGCUUCAACACGACCACGGCGCCAGCUGUUUCUCUUUUGGGCGGCUUCAUAGUCAUCUUUACCGGCGUGUACCUGCUCAACCUCAACCGCAUCAUCGACCCAGUCACGCAACAGCCCCGCAUGUCGCUCGUCACGGGCGAAGGCACCACCCGCUUGUCCGAGCAGCAUGAGCGUCUGCUCGACCAGCAGCGCGCCAUGAGCAGCUUUGCCAAUGGCAGGACCAGCCUCAGCGGACCCUCUGGGCGCAGCGCUACCGUCUUUGGGCACGGUAGAAGGAGCAGUGCGGGUUCUUCGGUGCUAUUCAACGCAUACGAGGAUGAAGAGGCGCUCGGGAUGACGCGGCUGGACGAGGACGAGUACGAGGACGAUCUUCGUGACACCUCGCCCAUGAUUCGCCAAGGCAAGGCUCGCUCUGCUCGCGCUCACGAUGCAAAUGGGCAUCGUCCAUCGGCAGAGACAACGGCGAGGUCACAACGUCAACUCAAACGGCAGAGCUUGAUUGACGACGCUACGCCCAACUACGAGACCGGCAAGUAA